AUGAAGCCGGUAAAAGAUGUAGACAAGAUUAUUUCCAAUUGCUUUGGCAACUCCAAUAAGGUUUACAAUGCUGACACCGGUAACCUUAAAAACAGGAUUCUACUUCUCGCCCUGGUUGUCUGCGUCAUCAUUGUUAUAGUGAAACAAGAUUUACACAACAAUGUUUCUUUCUUCAUGGAACAAGAUAGUUACUUCAGUCACAACUAUCUGAGAUUAAACUUCACACUUACCUUACUCUCUGUCACAACGACACUUCCACACCUGACAAACAACGAAGAAAAAACUACUAAAAAAAUCCCUGAGAGAUGCGAGUGUAAAAGUGGCAAGCAUUGGGCAGACAAUGUCUUAGUACAACAGCUGGACUUGACGUUACCUUGGCUCAACACCACAACAAAAGAACACUUGAUUAAGCACCACCCGAACUUGCCUGUGAAUUUCCUCCACAAGGCGAACAAGGAAGGCCGGUGCAGCCUAUUACCUUUACUCAGCAGCAUUCAGUGGGUGAACAUACACUGGCAGAAGGUGACAUUAAACAACACAGAUAUUUUGCUCUACUCAGCCAUUUACGACCCGUUACCAGGAGGAAAGCCGUGUGUGAGGUUGCUGGGAGUCACCAGAAACACCAAGCCUCCCGCUGGUUGGUGUCACCUCUGGUUCAACACACAACAACCACCAGUCGUCACCAGGAUCACCAACACUGGUAGGUGGCGCUGUCACUUGCUUCCUGCCACUAUUUAG